UCCUGUCUUUCCUGCCACACCCUGGUCGCUCUCGAUUCGGACCUUCUUCCCAGGGUCUCCUUGCACUUCCUUCCCAGUCUCCUCUGCGGGGCCCUGCCAAACCGCCGUCCGCUCGCGCUUGGUCUCGCCGAGCUCCGUGCGCGCCCGCGCGCAGCCCGAGGCGCAGGUCAACCAGAAUCAACAUGUCUGGGACUGAGGAAGCAAUUCUUGGACGCCGUGACAGCCAUCCUUCUUCUGCUGGUGGCAGCUCUGUAUUAUGCUUUGGUCAGGUAACUGGUUGUUUCAUACCUGGAAAGAAUGAGGUCAAGUGAAAGAGGAUGAGGAAGCAAUUUGGGGAGCAGUGUUGCUCUUUCUUGUUAGUAGUUUUUUCCUUUAGAUGCAUUAUUUGGGAGUCUUUAAUGAACUCUGAGCGCAUUUUGAAACUUUAACAUCAAAAGACUAAUAAUACUGGCGAUUACAUUUACAUUGACAUUUUAUUUAUUUUUUGGAUAGAUUACAUAUUCAUAGGAUAUAACAUUCAAAUUAGACAAAGACCCUGUGUGAAAAGUCUCACUAUUUUGCCAUCACCGCUGUCCAUGGCUCACCCAGGUCUCUUUUUUGGAGGCAUCCAACGUUCCUUGUGUCCUAUUCUUUGUGGAGAUAUUGUAUACAUAUAAGAGAUUCUUGCUUUGUCCACCCAAAUUCUGUCUUUGUCUUUGCUAGAGAUCUGUUUGUGAGUAUUUACUUUAUUUGAAUAGGGAAAAGGGAAAACUACCCGGGGACAAAAAUCAAAACAAGCAGUCAUGUGUUUAUCUGUGAGUAGGAUGGAAAUGGCUGAGGUAAAGGAGAGUAUAAACCUUUGGAGAGGACAGAUGGGAGCAAGACUUCCUGUCACCUCUUCUCUCCCCACCUGCUUGCCUGCAUAAACAUCAUAUCCAGACUAUGAGUACCAGUACACAGCAGAAGAGUACCAGGCCAUCCAGAAUGCUCUGAGGCAGAGGCUGGGCCCGGAAUACAUAAGUAGCCGCAUGGCUGGAGGAGGCCAGAAGGUGUGUUACAUUGAGGGUCACAGGGUAAUUAAUCUAGCCAAUGAGAUGUUUGGUUAUAACGGCUGGGCGCACUCUAUCACACAGCAGAAUGUGGAUUUUGUUGACCUUAACAACGGCAAGUUCUACGUGGGAGUCUGUGCAUUUGUGAGAGUCCAGCUGAAGGAUGGCUCAUAUCAUGAAGAUGUGGGCUAUGGUGUUAGUGAGGGCCUCAAGUCCAAAGCCUUGUCUUUGGAGAAGGCAAGGAAGGAGGCAGUGACAGAUGGGCUGAAGCGAGCAUUGAGAAGUUUUGGGAAUGCACUUGGAAAUUGUAUUCUGGACAAAGACUAUCUGAGGUCACUACAAAAGCUUCCAUGCCAGUUGCCUCUUGAAGUGGAUUUAACUAAAGCAAAGAGACAAGAUUUUGAACCAUCUGUGGAACAUGCGAGAUACAGCAGCUACCGACAGAACAAGGCUCUGGGACCCCCAGGACCACAGGAGGUGACCUCCCCUUGCAGAACAAACCACUCAGAUGAUCUCCACGUUGUGAUCCGGGGAGAUGAAGACAGCAGAUCCCGAAGCCUGGCCUCUGCUGUGGAGAGGGACGCCACAUACCAGCGCAAGCUCCGGCAAAAACAGUUGCAGCAGCAGUUCCGGGAGCAAAUGGAGAAACAGCAGCAAGUUCAGCUACCUGCUCCCUCAGUUGAAAAGAAGGAUGAGGCGGCGCUGCCGGUGCCUCCUUUGAAGCACAGCACUCCUGUAGCUGCGGUUUCAGAGCCACUCACUGAGGACCUCCUUGCAGCCCUUGCAGACAAUCUUGAAAUGUGGGAUAUGGCUCCAGAAGCAGGGGACAGUGUUGUCAAGCCCUUGGCUAAACCAGAACCACCCCAAACUGCUGCCACACCAGUCCCGAAGAAUCAGAUGGUGACCCGAAGCAGGACCCCACAAAGCCUUUGCCAUGAGAAUCCACGAGUAAAACCUGGACCCUGGCACCUCCAAGCUCACAAUGUUAACCAACACACAACAGCAAACUCUGAUUCCCAUAAGCAGAACCAGGACAUGAAGAAAAGGAAACUGGAUCCAUCUUAACUGAGGCUCAGGUCCCAUCAUUGGACUGUCACAAAGGGACUUUCAAAAACCCCUUUUUGGUCAUGAAAUAAUUCUUCAUCAUUCCUAGGGGAUGAACUUUAUUUCCAAGGGUUUACCUUGCUUCAUUCUGAACUCCACCAGAGGAUUUGCCUGUUGGAACUGCAGAUGCAGCUGAGCAGCUGGAAAACAAGCUCUUAAAAAAGCUAGUCACACACUGCAGUGGGGAGGCUCCAGGGAGAUCACAUACCUUUUCUUUGGCUCUUGAGGCUCUUCACUAUUUAUUUAUUCCUAAACUAUUAUGUUAAUAAAGAGAGAAAUUUUAGGAAUCACCUGUGGCUGCCUGCUCUCAAGCAAUAUAAGCCAUACUACUAAGCACCAACUUUAACAACAGCCCACAUUAAAUUAUUGUGAGUAAUCUCUGUCUUCGUUCACUUUUGGGCUCAUGUUUUUAACGUUGCUUACAUGAGUGCUGUGAACAAAGGCUAUAGUGGUAUUUUACUACUUUGCAUCAGUCCAGGCUACAAUCUUCAUCUGUGGUAAUCUGUCAUUUACAGGUCUGUGUCACUAUCCUGCAUUUUUUCCUAAUCAAGGAAAGAAUUAUCUCACAUGAAAGAAAAGGCAUUUGAAGAAAGCAAAAUAAAUCCUUUACUUUACUUUGUAACCAAAUAGAAAAUAUAAGUAGCUGUUUAUAUUUCCCCAUUUCAGAUGUGAGAUAUAACCCACCUUAACAUAAAUUAUUUUUUCAUUGUGUUCAGAUGUUUCAUAAUUCCUUCUCCCAAAUAAUGAGUUUGCAAUUUUACUUGUUAAGAUGGAUUUUGGGUCGUGCCUUUUAUCUAAUCAUGAAACAGUGGCUUUUAUCAUUUUCUGGAUCACAGGCCCAUCUGUGGGAAGCUGUGAUCCCGAGGCAGGUCCUAGCCGAUGCUAAAGGGACUGGCACUGAAGUGCAGCAAGGCAGUCAGCCUUUCUGUUCCUUUGGAAGAUGAAUGGCAGGAGCUAACCCUCAUCGCCCUUUUACCUUAUCUGUUGUUGCAUGGAUUUGGCCAUAUAUUCAUCUUUUGAUUUUGAUAUCCUUACCAUUUUCUUCAGAAAAAAUAUCAUCUUCCUUGUCUGCAGCAUAAUCUUAGUUCAGGUCAGAAGUGCCACUAAAAAUAGUUCCUGGAAUUGGGAAUCUAGUUAUAAAUUGCACACAACUCAAAACAGCUAAUGAGAUCAUGAAAAAGGAAUUUGCUAGAAAUGAAACCUCACAGCUCAACAAAAGCAAGUUUGGUUUAUUUGAAUGGUUUCAUUAAAUAAGUCUACAAAGGUAACAAACUGAAGCAUAAGCGCAAUCUUACAAGAAGCGCAACACCCAGAGUUAGUGCAAAAUGUACAAUUCACGGCUGCUGAGGAACCCCCAAGGUUUGAAUUCAGUUUAUUUGUUUUUUUAAACAGUGUACACUGUUAAAUAAUGUAAGGAAAACAUUUAUAAUUCAGAAAGAUUUUUUUUAAUGUGGAAAAAGAUACUCAAAGUGUACUAUUAACACAAAAAUAAUUUAAACAGUUCAGUAGCACUAGUUCAUUUCUCUAGGCUUCAGUUAUUUCAUCCACAGGAGGGGAAAAAAAGAUCAACAGUAAAUAAAACCAGUUCUUACUUUUUGUGUGUGAGUGAAGAGACCUCAAAAUUAUAUUAAACCAAAAUAAAACAAUAAUGUACUGCAUUUGGUUCCCUCGUUCCUCUUGCAGAAAAUAUUGUUUCAUUCGUCUCGGGUGGUCCAUUUCUCAUUUACUUGGCACCUUCUUUGUUCUAUCCUUACUCUUACCAUCUCCCCAAGAAUUAUAAGCAGAGAAUAAAUACGUAAACAAUUUUGAAGCAGA